UUCGCUCUCUCUUGCCGUCCCCGCAAUCUCUCCUCUCGCUCCGCCUUCAAUCCCCAACCAAACCCCUCCUCUCCACUCUCACUCCCUCGCCCGCGUCGCCAUCAUUCGUGGGGGCGCCGCGCUUUAAUCCCUCCCCAUCCCGAAUUUCUGUGGCCUCCAGUCUCUCCGCUUGGAUUUCGCCAAGAUUGAGUAAUCGCCUCCCUCCUCUCCUUCCCCCUAAUUUCUCUUUCCUUUCCAUCUGGCUCGCGUUUGCUUCUUCCCGAUUUGUUGCCGUCGUCCUCGUCGUCUCCCACCACUUCGUCUAGUGUAGGACUCGGUCCUGUCCUAGCCACCUGUCCUCCUCGCUUCCAUCGCCAUUGUCGCUCUCCCUCUCUGCUCGAGCCGCCUGCUUUCUUGGACCGGUCCGGGGGCUCGCCACGGCCGGGCGUAAAUGCCCGUCCGUGCAGAGGAUCCCAGCCUUCUCCGCUCCAAAUCCCGUCCUUGUUUCCCCCAAUUAAGAGCUCGACAAGAUUCUUCAACGCUCCCUAAUCCUAGUAGCCAGAGAUGACAAAAUCGUCCUGACUGCUCCUGCCCAGGCAGGCUCCCCGGCGGCUGCUCAGCUCUGAGGGCCGCCCCCACUGCUAUGGGCUUCUUGAUCUGCGCCUGCAUCCUCCAGCUCCUGCUCUUGGCCACCGCUUCCGGGGUGGCGGCGCAGUCGCAGCCGCUGUCGCCGGCCAGGAUCCUCGACGCGACGCUGCAGGACUACGCGUACCGGGCGUUCGUGCGCCCGCGCACCGGCAUUGUCUACAACGCCACCCUCCCCGCCAACCUCACCGGCAUUGCGGUCGCCGCGGUCCGCCUGCGCAGCGGCAGCCUCCGGCGGAAGGGCUUCGCGGACUACUUCGAGUUCGGCAUCCCCACCGGCGUCGUCGUGCAGCCGCACGUCGAGCGGGUGGUGCUCGUCUACCACAACCUCGGCAGUUCGUCGGACAACUACUACCCGCUCCCCGGGUACACCUACCUCGCGCCGGUGCUCGGGCUGCUGGCCUACGACGCGGCCAACCUCUCGGCCGUGGGUCUGCAGGAGCUCAACAUUGUCGCGUCAGGGAGUCCGAUUUCUGUCACUUUCAGCAAUGUCAGGGCGGUGCCGUCAGGCAGUGCUGCGCCGCGGUGUGUGGUGUUUGAUUUGAAUGGUGUGCCGCAGUUCCGGAACCUGGAGGCAACCAACGUGUGCUCGACGUUUCGCCAAGGGCACAUCUCAAUAGUGGUGAAUUCCAGUAAGAUUGCUCCAUCUCCUGCUCCACCUGGCGCAAUUGCCCCGCCGAUACCGACUCCGGGAGGGCAAAAGAAGGGAAACUCAAAGGCGUGGAGGAUUGCCGUUAGCGUGGUUGGGGCUGCCAUAGCAUUGGGGCUGCUGGCUGUGCUUCUGCUGUGUUUGGUCAGGUACAAAAGGGAUAAGAAGUUAGAGGUGAUGGAACGGAAUGCGGAGGUUGGGGAGACGUUACGGAUGGCGCAGGUUGGGCGGACGCAGGCACCUGUGGCCUUGGGGACGCGGACACAACCAGUGAUUGAGAACGAUUAUGCUGCAUAGCAUUCUUUUGAGAUUUUUGCAGAGUUCUUUCUAGUCCAGUAACAGAAAGACUUGAUGGUUAUGGCUAGCGACGGGGUUGUCCAUUGGUUGGUUGAGGCAGCAAAUUUUCCAUAUCCAUGAGGGUGAUGCUAGCUUCUGAUUUCAGAGCUCAGGUUCUGCUCCGUGAGGGUUCAGCACAUUCUUUUGGUGGAUUUAUUCAGAAGGUUAUAUUUUGUACCUCAAGCAAUGGAUAUGUUCAUGUUCAUAGUUGCCAUGUUCAUAUGUGGGGAGUUCCUUUCAUCUGCAAGCAAGCAAUGGUGGGGGAAUGUUUGUCAUCUCAGAUUGGGAAUUCUUGAUUAUUUUUUUGGGUUGAUGUAUUCAAGAGGAAAUGGGUUUGGCAAUAAAACUGAGGUAACAGUAACACUCAUUGCACAUUGCGUGUUGGUAAAACUCAUUCAUCCAGUUCCAUUUCGAAUUCAUUUCUUUUUCUUCUCCAUUUGGCUUGUCAUGUUUACGCAACUGCUAAGAUGAUGGAGUGAUGUACAUGUUUUAACUUUUACCUAUCCAGUGUCGUGGUAAUUAGUCUGAUUCUGGUAAUUUAGAUUUCAUGGCCAUUUGUUUUUACAUCAGUUUUGUAUGUUGUCCUGGAAGACUGUAACUUUUCACUGCCUUCUGAGAAACAACUUAAUUUCCACUCGUGUAUUUUUCUGAUUCUGGUAAUUUAGACUUCAUGGCCAUUUGUUUUUACAUCAGUUUUGUAUGUUGUCCUGGAAGACUGUAACUUUUCACUGCCUUCUGAGAAACAACUUAAUUUCCACUCGUGUAUUUUUCUCAUUGUCGACAUAACUAUUUACCCCCAUAAUAUUACAGGACUCUAGGUUACCUAUCAUAUGAUUGUUUAGCACUACAAAAACUAGUUUGUGUUGAUGCUGAGUUUAUCGUGUUGCACUUUGGUGUUGGUCCAAAUGCAAGGAUUAAGAAGGUAUGGUUAAUGUAAGUAUGGCCAGUCUGCAAAAUAAAUGUGAAUUGGGUAGAGGGAUUGAAGAAUAAUCCGAAUGAAAAAUUCCAAAGUUUAUCUUUUCCUUCUGGUAGCAUCUUGGCUCGGUCGUCAAUUGUCAUGUUAGUUAGAAAUAUUAAAAGUUUCAUUUGAGCUGUCAGUGGGGACCUGUAUGGUCAUCAAAGAAAAGAAGGUGCAUUCAUUUGCUUAUUGAGUCAAUUUGAAUUUGCUAUAGAAUUUUCUGUGCUUAUCACGCUUACCGAUAUGGAAUCAGGAAAGAGGAACCUUACAUGUGUAUUCUGUUGGCUCUUGUUUACACAAGCUGGUUUUCACAUGUAUCUUCAGAUUCUCUGCAAUUCUGUACUAGCUUGUAGUGUUUAUAGAAAUUAAAAGAAAGAAAGAUUGCAUGAGGAAAGAGCAUGUACAAUCUGUGAUAAGCAUCAAUAUGAGAGCUGGCCAGAGCUUUAAGACGGUCACUUUCUGAGCAUGCAGUGUUCUUUUGGGCGGGUGCACUUUGCUGCUGCAUGUUCAGUUUCGCGUUGGGAAUCAUGGGGGCAUGAGCAAACUGACGUGUGAUUUGUACUUGUAGUUUUAUGAUUAGUGUUGGAAAUGUGAUGAUGUCUGAGAGUUGAGUUCCUUUGUUUGAGGUGAGCAUGGUGCUGAAGUGAGAAGCAAACUUGUUAGCAUGGUGCUGAAGUGAGAAGCAACCUUGAGUAGAAAAUUGGUAGCACUUGCUGCAAUUGCAAGCGUGUGUAUGUAUCUGGUGAGCUACUACUAAUUUGCUAGACCUGCACACACGUGAGGCUAGGAUGCCAGCGGGAGGGAAUGCAUAGAUAUUUCAGAUUUGUAUGGAUUUUCUAGGUGUGCCUAGAAGUAACAAACAGAAGCAAGCUCACGCCAGGAUGGUUUUGGACAUGGAGAAAGACAAGUGUCCUGAGGCAGCUAGCCAGGCACAGGUUUGUGAUUGUGAAGCUAGUGCUGGAGCCUUUUGGCAUGGUAGCGGAAUCUUUGCUGUCAAUGUGCACGGGGUCACUCACGGGUCAUGUGCGCUGGCCUGGCCGCCGCCCCAUUUGGCGUUUGCCUUGCUAGGCUCGCCGUGGUGGAAGGUAUGUUUGUUUUCUAAUGGGAACGCUGCAUGCUGUGUACUGUUUGGAAGUGUUAAACAAAUUGUUGUGGGACUACUGUGCAGUUUGUGUUUGAGCUGAUUUUUACUGUCUGUGUGCCGGUGCCAGCUCUGUUCUCCUCUGGUAACUUGGUGAGCAUCGAGAUGCGUGGUAGACUGAAUCACCAGUGUAGCAUACUAUACUAGCUGUCAUGUACUAGUAGUAAUAGCCAUUGUUCCUAGAAAACUGCUGAUGAAUCCAAGGCCAAUGUCAGCUGCAUCAUGGUACUAGGAAUGCAAUGCUUUUUCAGACAUCACAGAUGACUAUCGAUAUAGCUUAGGUACCUCUGAUUCUGUUUAUUAAGCUGAAAAGAGAACAAGAGUUGAUAGCAUGUACGUGGACGGACUGCAGCAAGGAAGCAAGCAACAGUGAGAACUCAGCA